AUGUCACCACCCACCUGCAGAGCAAUCGUGAUACGUGACGGGAAGUUAGUUGAAGACACAAUCGCCUUGCCUCCCCUGGAAGAUGAUAAAGUUCUUGUUAAGAUCAAUGCUGCAGCUUUUAAUCCAACCGACAGACUUGCUAUCGAUGUAAACGCUUUUGGCAAUGGUGCCACUGGGGACAGGAUUGGUGCCUUGAUAUGGGGAGGCGAGAUUGCCGGACUGGGCGCGUACUCUUCCUAUUGUAUAGCCGACGAAAAAAUAUCUUACCAUAUUCCUAACGGAAUUUCCUUCCCGGCUGCUGCCACGCUUCCCUUGGCAAUAAAUACAGCGUGGCUAGCGCUCUUCUCAUCCGACUGCUUACAUCUCAGUCGGACUUGCCUAGAAGCUACACUGCUCGUAUGGGGAGGAAGCACGGCUGUAGGUUCUUAUGCCAUCGAACUGGCGAAGCAUUUUGGGAUUGAUGUAAUCGCAACCUGCAGCCCAGCGAACGCCGACUCGGUGAGGAAGCUUGGCGCAUCGCAGGUAUUUGACUACCGUGACCCUGACAUUACGUCAUACAUUCGUGAGACUCACCCAAACAUAACGCACGUCUUUGACACCGUUGGAAAUGCUACCUCAUCGGCUACAGCGAGCUCUUGCAUUGCGGCCUCUAAAGGCAAAUUGUGUACUGUGCGACCUGGGAAGGCAAAUACCAGCCAUAUCGCAAAGAACGUGGAAGUUUCGGACGUGUUUGUCUUUACUGCAUUUUUAAAGGAGCACAGCUAUAGAAAUGCUGCUUUCUGGCCUGCUAAUUAUUAUCAGAUGCAUCCAGAAAACCAUACACUUAGCGCUGAACUUUAUUCUUUGCUUCCGAAUCUUCUGGCUUCAGGUAUUAUUCACCCACGGCCAGUUCAAAGCCUCGGGAAGUUAUCAGUGGAAAGCGUAGAGAAGGCAAUGGAUCUCAAUAGACAAGGUAAAGUGUCUAAUGCAAAACUGUGCUUUGACAUCUAA